CUCGUUUUACAGCGAAGAGAGAGAAGGAGAUACAGAAAAACAGUGAAGGGGACAGAUUUUAAAGCGCAGUCUUCCCUCGGCGCACUUGCUUAUAAAACACGAUUAGCUCUCUAUAUUAUAGUUGCCUGCCAGCACCGUGGUGCAAAACUGCAGAUGCACGCAUUCAAACAAGAUCCGCUCUGUUUCUGAGCCGAACAGGACAUGCAGGCACAGGCAGUUUGACUAGCGAGAGUUUUGAAAGAGGGAGGAGGACGGAAGGAAGCAAAGAGGGAAGAGGAGGAGAAAAGAGCCGGAGAAAAGUUUGAAAGGAUACGCGAGACCGGAGACGUUGCCGGUUGGUCACCGUGAAGAAAGGCUAUUCAAAGCUGGUAUCGCGGGGAAAAUCUAUCCUCGGAUAAACAGACGAGGGUCUGUCGUUGGCCGCUGCCGGGUGGGGAGAGGGAUUGUAUUGAUAUUCGGCAGCUGCCGGGAACGCGCCUGAUUCCGUUUGCUGUUUGGGGAAUAGAUGCGCUGGGAAGCCACGAUGCGGAGCGAUCCCAUUUUGUUCGCUUCCAGGGCCAUGGAGGAGUUGGUGUGUGAGCUGCGUCUGUUCCUGGACCUGCUGGACAGGGAGUAUCUGAGCGCUGGGGUCAGGGAGAAGAAGAUGCUCAUCUCCAACAUCCUUCACAGGGUCCUCGCCGCUAAAGAGCCCUCGUUCAAGUCAGAGGACCACAGCAGCCUUUCUGCACCCCCUCAGAUGCCACUCCCUGAGAUCCCACACCCCUGGCUCCCUCCAGACAACGGGCCUCCUCCUCUCCCCAGCUGCUCUCUCCCAGAGGGAUACUAUGAAGAGGCCGUCCCCCUCAGUCCUGGAAAAGCCCCAGAAUACAUCACUUCCAACUAUGAUUCUGACCAGAUGAGCAGUUCGUAUGAGUCAUAUGAUGAGGAGGAGGAGGAUGGGAAGGGGAACAGAGGGAAGAAGAUGCGACACCAGUGGCCUAGCGAGGAGGCCUCCAUGGGUCUGGUCAAGGACGCACGCAUCUGUGCCUUCCUGCUGCGCAAGAAACGCUUCGGCCAGUGGACCAAGCUGCUCUGUGUCAUCAAGGACAACAAGCUGCUGUGCUACAAGUCAUCUAAAGACCAGACACCCCAGAUGGAGCUGCUGUUAUCAGGCUGUAGCAUCACACAUGUCCCCAAGGACGGCAAGAAGAAGAAACACGAGCUGAAGAUAGUCCACCAGGGAGCAGAUGCCCUGGUCCUGGCCGUGCAGAGCAAAGAGCAGGCUGAGGAGUGGCUCAAGGUGAUGAGGGAGGUGUGCAGUAAUGGCUGUGACUCAGAUGUAGCAGGGUCUCCUGUGCACAAGCCCGACCUGGAGAAGAAGGUGUUGUGUGAUAGGCCGAGCUCAGACGGAGAGCCGCCCAAUGAGAACGGACACACCGUCACCGACUGUAAGGACCAAGGUAAAGGGAAGAAGGACUCUCAGAAGAGUCAGAAGGGAGGCACGCUGAGUAAAGGGGCGGGGAAGAAGAUCACUAAGAUCAUUGGCUUAGGCAAGAAGAAGCCGUCCACUGACGAACAGACCUCUUCAGCCGAGGAGGACAUACCCACCUGUGGCUACCUGAACGUGCUGUCCAAUAACCGCUGGCGUGAGCGUUGGUGUCGUCUGAAGGACAACCAGCUGCUGCUUCAUAAGGACCGUACUGAUCUGAAGACCCACACGGCCAGCCUGCCCCUCAGAGGCUGCGAGGUCAGCCCCGGACUGGACUCCAAACACCCCUUCGCCUUCCGCCUGCUCCGCAACGGACAGGAGGUGGCUGUACUGGAGGCGUCCUCCUCAGAGGUCAUGGGUCGGUGGCUGGGGAUGCUGCUAGCUGAAACAGGCUCUAUCACAGACCCUGCUGCCUUACAUUACGAUUACAUAGAUGUAGAGACUACCGCAAACGUUAUCCAGCUGGCCAAGCAGUCCUUCUGCUUCACUAGUAAACGUGCUGUAUCUCCCAACCCUUAUCUGGACAACCCUGCCAACAGUUACGCAUGCCCCUCUGGAAUGGCACUGCACUAUGAUGAUGUGCCCAUCAAUGGAACGCUGAAGGGAAAAAAGGUCCCAGUGACCAAUGGGACAGCGUCUAAACAGAAGGUGGACAAGAACCAGGCCAAGAAGACCAAUGGAACAACCAAUGGAACAACCAAUGGAACAGCAUCUGUGAAACGCAACAACUCCAGUGCAGAGCAGUAUAAGUACGGUAAGAACCGUGUGGAGGCGGACGCCAAGAUGCUGCAGGCUAAAGAGGAGGAGCUAAUAAACAGAAAGCAGGACAUCAGGAACCGUCUGACCCAGCUGAAGAAGGACAGGAAAGACCUGCGCACCGCCAUGGAGGCCAGCACCGCUAAGCGCUGCGCUGGGUCCCUGGCGGAGCGGCUGAAAAAGGUGGAGGACGAGUGCAAGCUGAAGGAGGACGAGCGGGUGAGCCUGGAGCUGGAGAUGACAGAGGUCAAGGAGAGUCUGAAGAAGGCCCUGAACGGAGGAGUCACUCUGGGACUCACCAUCGAGCCCAAGUCUGGCACCUCCAGCCCACAGUCCCCAGUGUUGCUGAGGCGUACCCUAGAGAACUCUCCCAUCUCCAGCUGUGACACCAGCGACACAGAGAGCUGUUCUACUCUGCCCGUCAACAGUGCCUCCCUCCUCCGCAGAACGACCAAUCAGAAACCCUCGGCCGUCCGCGGCCAUGUCCUCAAGAAGGCUAAGGAAUGGGAGAUGAAGACUGGCACAUGAGCAACAACUCUGUUCACAACAGUCCUAUCUUAUUAGCUUUUUAUUUUAUUUUAAUGCGUGUAUAUAUUUAUUUAAAUCAGUUCGUAUGGGGAAGAAGGUUGAAGAGGAGUACACUACAAGCAUAGCCAAACAGAGAGACGAUCAAGACGAUGCUGGGUUUUUUUUUUGUCUACUUUAUUUCCUGGACAUAAAGAACUAGCAGUCUUUUUCUAGCGUACCAUUGUGUAAUACCAUGUUAUAUUUCAACUACUCUGUUGUGUGCUUUUGUAUCGCCCAAUCUUGUGUUUUUUUUGUUAGUUUUUGUUUUGCAGUCAUCCACUUUCAUAGUCUCUUGUUGCCUGUUUCUCCAUCACAUAAAACAAUCAGGUUUCUACAA